AUGUUAGCUUCAGGACCAGGUGGCCAGGGAACCAAGCACUUGCUGCUCUCGGUUCUGCUCCUUACAGCGUGGGAGGCCGAGAGCGGCCAGGUCCACUACUCGGUCCCGGAGGAGGCCAAACACGGCACCUUCGUGGGCCGCAUCGCCCAGGACUUGGGGCUGGAGCUAGCAGAGCUGGUGCCGCGCUUCUUCCGAGUGGCGUCCAAGGGUAACGGGGAUCUUCUGGAGGUAAAUCUGCAGAAUGGCAUUUUGUUUGUGAAUUCUCGGAUCGACCGGGAGGAACUGUGUGGACGGAGCGCGGAGUGCAGCAUCCACCUGGAGGUGAUCGUGGACAGGCCGCUGCAGGUUUUCCAUGUGGAGGUGGAGGUGAAGGACAUUAACGAUAAUCCGCCUGUAUUCCCAGCAACACAAAAAAAAUUGUUUAUUUCCGAAACAAGGGCUCUUGACUCUCAUUUUUCACUAGAGGGCGCCUCUGAUGCAGAUAUCGGGGCCAACGCUCUGCUGACUUACAAACUGAGCCCCAGUGAGUAUUUCUCUCUGGAAGUACCCACCAAUGAUGAUCAGGUAAAACCGCUCCAACUAGUACUAAAAAAACUCUUAGACAGGGAAGUCGCUUCAGAGAUUCUCUUGGUGCUCCAAGCAAUUGAUGGGGGCAAACCUGAGCUGACAGGUAGCACAGAGUUACACAUCACAGUGCUGGAUGUAAAUGACAACCCCCCAGUGUUUGACAAAGCAGUCCAUCGUGUAAAAUUACUGGAGAAUUCGAGAAACGGUACAUUGGUUAUUAGACUUAACGCCUCGGAUUUGGAUGAAGGUUCAAACAGCCACAUUCUUUAUUCUUUUGCAACUGAUGUCUCCUCUAAUACAGAAGCCUUUUUCUGCAUAGAUUCAGCCAGUGGAGAAAUAAAAGUAAACGGAAAAAUAGAUUUUGAAGAAACUAAAUUAUGGAAACUUCAAAUAGAAGCAGUUGACAAAGGAAAUCCCCCGAUGUUUGGUCACUGCACAAUCUUGGUAGAAAUCUUGGACAUUAAUGAUAAUGCUCCGGAGUUGCUAGUGACGUCACUAUCGUUGUCUGUUCCAGAGGAUGCUCCCCCCGGCACGGUCAUUGCCCUAAUCAGUGUAACUGACCGUGACUCUGGUGCCAACGGGCAGGUGACCUGCUCACUAACACCCCGUGUCCCCUUCAAGCUGGUGUCCACCUUCAAGAACUACUAUUCGCUCGUGCUGGACAGCGCCCUGGACCGAGAGAGCGUGUCGGACUAUGCUCUGGUAGUGACCGCACGCGACGCAGGCUCGCCUUCGCUCUCCGCCACGUCCAGCAUAUCCAUGCAAGUAAAGGAUAUUAAUGACAAUCCACCUGUGUUCUCUCUCAGAGAACAAAAGCUGCUGAUUUCUGAAUCUAAGCAACCCGACUCUCAUUUUCCUCUAGAGGGAGCUUCUGAUGCGGAUAUAGGAGAGAAUGCUCUAUUGACCUACAGACUAAGUCAAAAUGAGUAUUUUUCUUUAGAAUUACCAACACAUAGUAAGCAGACUAAAAGACUGUCGCUUACAUUAAAAAAAUAUCUGGAUCGAGAGAAAACUCCAGAACUUAAUUUGCUACUGACCGCUGCAGACGGGGGAAAACCAGAGCUCACUGGCACCCUUCAGCUUUUCGUCCAAGUCUUGGAUAUUAACGACAAUGAUCCGGAAUUUGAGCAAAAGGAAUACAAGGUGAGACUGAUGGAAAAUGCAGCUAAAGAAACUUUUGUGAUAAAGCUAAACGCCACAGAUCGAGAUGAAGGAGUCAAUGGGGAGGUAACCUAUUCCUUGAUGUCAAUUAAGCCCAAUGGAAAGCUCUUAUUUACACUAGAUGAAAAUAACGGAGAAGUGAGGGUCAAUGGAACUUUAGAUUAUGAGGAAAACAAGUUUUAUGAAAUUGAAGUACAGGCCACAGAUAAAGGGAAUCCCCCAAUGGCCGGUCACUGUACAGUCUGGGUAGAUAUAUUAGACGCCAAUGAUAAUGCCCCUGAAGUCACCGUGACUUCUCUGUCUCUACCAGUACGAGAGGACACUCAGCCUAGCACUGUCAUUGCGCUGAUCAGCGUGUCCGACCGUGACUCUGGCGCCAACGGGCAGAGGCGGCAGAGGGUGUGCUCCGGGGAGGGCCCUCCCAAGACCGACCUCAUGGCCUUCAGCCCCAGCCUUCCUCCGUGUCUGGAUAGAGAAGUUGGAGGGAAAAUGCAGGAGGCAGGAUCAAAUCACCCUGGGCAGUGUCCCGGGAAGUGGCGAAACCAAAAAGAACCUCCGGAUCUUUCUUGUACUUACAUAAUCAGUCACAUGAUGUCGCUGUACACUCAAAAGGUGAAAAGGAAAAAUUUUGUCUCCGCGCCCAGAGUUCAUCCAUUGGCUGAAUAA